GACAGCGGCCCGAGCGUUGGGUUACAUCAACCGACGCGUCGCCUGACGACGGCUGUUUCUCCUCUUGAUUUGUAUCUCCAUCCUUCUUUUGCAUCUCCAACAUCUAUCGUGAUUCAACCCAUAUUCAAGGGUCUUUGUACCACAGUACGAUUGAGCCAUUACCUGCGACCUUGAGAGCGCACCAGCUCCUGUACUUUCCCCUCGAGCUGAAGAUGGGUCAUAUUUCCGCCACUCCCUCCAACAAGUCCAGUGGACUAAUGCGCCGUCACCCAUCCAUCCGCGCCCCCCAACGCUCGCCUUACGGCAUGUCCGACAGCCUCAAGGUCGAAGUGCAGUUCGUUCAGCCCUCAAGCUUCUACGUCAACCAGAGCCCUCAUCGUAUGAUGCCUCAAGGUUUAGCCAUCACUCACCGUGGCGAGCCUGAUCGACAGGGCGCACGGAUCUCACCCCUCCCGGAGGAAGAGCGGGCCCAAGCAAUGCUUGACUAUGAGCGUACUAUUGGUGGUCCGGAUUUCUCACGCUCCCGAUCAGCCACUCCGCAUGGUGUCAUCUCCCCUCAGCCUAUGCGGUCCAACGACCUCGCAGUCCCGACAGUCGCCACCAAGAGGCCUACCUCAACCCAAACGGCGGAGAUUCCUUCUUUCGCGGCCGACGAUGCCGCGUCCUGGCGCCUUACGAAGAAAGAUCCUACCUCUUCUGCAAACGUGUCAGAUCCCGCACAGCCUGCCCGACCUAGUCCACCACCCUUUCAAGCCAGGUCCAGCCAUGAUCGUACCUUUCAGCCUGCCCAACCUUCCCAGCCCGUACUCAAUCGCCCGCCUCCCCAGUCGAAGACUGACAACGUCUUCAAUCCCAGUUCCGACGUAGCACCAACCCGUCAGCCUUUCCUUGACCGCCUGAAUGCUCAAUCCCCCAACGUACAACAACACCAUGCCCAUACCCGUCCUAUCAUCCACAUGGGACAAGCACCCAAGUCUCCAGCCUUUCGCCGACCUCUCAACAACCUUCCCCAGAAGACUGCUAUGGAUACUCAGCGAGGUGCCUCUCAUUCUGUCGUCAACAACCACGGACCGACUCUAGCCGGAUCUUUCAACAAAGUCUGCAAGGCGGACGAACACCCCGGUCGAGGAAAUCUACAGGAACUGAUGUUUUUUGACGACUCCGAUCCGGUUGACUUUGACGGUGAUGGUGAUGCUGGUGUUGUCAAGACUCCUAUGAAGCGGAUGAACGGCGACGAGAGUGCGAAGAGUAUCUUCAAUUUUACCCCAAACGCCAAGAACACUUUCAAAGUAGACAUGAUUGGGCCCGAGCCCCGCUUCGUAAUCCCGGAGGCCUUGAGUGACCACACCUCUAUCCUCAAGAGCGUCAACCCACAAGCUAUAUGGCAAGAGCGACUCAAGGCGGCCAAGGAGUUCUCUCAUCAGGCAGAAUGGAUAGACUCAGCUGGGUUGGUCGAGGACCAGAAGAGAAAGUUUGAAGGCGUCAAGCAGAACUGGGACCGCAUCUACAACCGUAUGAGCGAUCUUGUUCGGACCAAGAAUGAGGUCUUCCAGCACAAGAGUGUUCUCACGGACAAAUAUGUGGACGCAGGAGAUCACUUGGCAGAGCAGUGCGUCGAGCUUCAAUUGGCGACUCGCAACACGAACAAGCGGAGGCGUAUCGCCAACUAGGUGUUGUGGGGCGAGUGAGCGUAUCCCAAUGUAGUUAUCCUGGUCUUUACUCUACUUUUACUGCCUUCACUACCUUUCAUACUAUUCGCGUCUGCGUUCGAGAUCUGAUUAAACCCACUGCUGGUAGACGCUUCGAUAUACCCCUUCAGCAUUCUAUUCCAUCUAUGUAUGCCUC